GAAGUCGAUCUCCAUCCAGAACAGUAGGCGAGAGUCGAGUGAGCGCGCGGCGGCCGCGGACGGCGAUGGCUGCCGGGCUACUAGCGGUUGCCGCAGCCGCAGCGGUGCUGGCGGCGGCGGCGGCGGCGCUGCCGGUACUCGCGGACGACAAGGAGUGCUUCGAGAACUGCUUCAAGCACUGCGUCGGCAACGACAAGUCCAUGACCGACUACUGCAACUACGCCUGCGGCAUGACCUGCGGGCCCAACGACCACGCGCUCCGCCGCCCCCUCGCGGGCGCCGCCGCCAUCGCCGGCCUCCCCAUAAACUGCCAGCUCGCCUGCGUCAGGGAGUCCUGCCACCCUCUCCAAGCAGAUGGCAAGGACACGGAGGCCUGCUACGGGCAGUGCUACCGCAGCUGCAAGACCAAGGGCGGCCUGCCGAGGCCUCUCGGCGCCGGCACUGUCCGGCCACCGGCGGCGUUGCCCGACCACCGCUUCCACAAGAUGCAGGACGCCGUCCAGCCAACGGCGGAGCCGGACCCUGACGACGUCGGCCGUCGAGCACGGGGACCCCUCGCCUGAUUGCCAAUGGUUCGUUGUCAUCGGAGGAGUUCGACAGAUGCCACACCUCCGCCUACGCCGAAUACCGCUGUGAUGUUCACCACAUCGGAAAUAUAUCCGAUAUCUUUAUUUGUCGCGGUGACCCUUAUAAAGUGAUAAGAAAAGAAAGUAUCGUUUUUAUCAACAUUUAGUUUUGAAUGUGUUUGGAACUUUGGAUUGAUUCGAAAUUUGUAAUUUAUUUGGAUUUAAUGUAUCUGCGUGGGCUUUCAGUGUC